ACUCAACUUCUUCUGCAUAUGCUUCUGGUGGAGAUGGAAUUGUCUCCAGAAACCAGAGUUUCCUUCGAACUCCGGUGCAGAGGCCACCUCAUGAAAUAAUGAGACGUGAAAGCAACAGACUGUCUGCGCCUUCCUAUCUCGCAAGAAGCUUAGCUGAUGUCCCUAGAGAAUAUGGCUCUUCCUCCCAGUCCUUUUUAACAGAAGCUAAUUCUGGUUUGGAAAAUGGAGAUGCUGGUGCCCGUUGUUACUAUUACGAUCAUUUUUAUGAUGCCCAGAGGAGACGUCAGUUAAAUGAUCGCGUACAUGAGGACUACAGGUAUUACGAACACAACAGCGAUCUUUUCCAGAGGAUGUCACAGAAUCAUGGGAGGCACACUUCAGGCAUUGGUAGAGUUGCUGCUACAUCUCUAGGAAACUUAACAAAUCAUAGUUCUGAAGAUUUACCUCUUCCUCCUGGCUGGUCAGUGGACUGGACUAUUAGAGGAAGGAAAUACUAUAUAGAUCAUAACACUAACACAACUCACUGGAGCCAUCCACUCGAGCGUGAGGGGCUGCCCCCAGGAUGGGAGAGAGUUGAGUCAGCAGAAUUUGGCGUGUAUUAUGUGGAUCACAUCAAUAAAAGAGCUCAGUAUAAACAUCCAUGUGCUCCCAGCGUUCCCCGUUACGACCAGCCUCCCCCCGUGACUUACCAGCCGCAGCAAGCUGAGAGAAGCCAGCCUCUCCUCGUGCCUGCAAACCCCUACCACACUGCAGAGAUUCCAGACUGGCUGCAGGUCUAUGCCAGGGCUCCUGUGAAGAGGGAAGGCUCUGCACUCUGCAGGAAUUUUGGACAAACACGCUUUCUCCCCUCGAUUUCUGGCUCUGUGACCAGAAGUUGCCCUUCUAAAAAAUGCCUGGGGAGCCUAGGUCAGGUACUGGUGCUCUGGGCCCUGCUCCUCUCGGCGUCUCUGUGGUGAGUGUUCCUAGACCUGCGAUCUUUUGGAUUUGAAUGAGCCCAUUCCCAUUGAGGCACUGCUAAUGGCUUAAUCUUUAAUCUUUAAUUAGACUUCUUUCCCCGUUCAACACUGCUCUUGGCAGGCAAAACGAAACUCUCACGCUGAGAAGUAAUCCUGAUGUGCUGCUUUUCUUGAGAAACCGUCAGCAGUGACAGCUUCAAAGAGCUAAAGAACCACCAAGGUUCUGUGGAAAAAAAAAAAAACAAAAAACCACCAAGCAACCUGUGCCGAUGCUUUUUAAAAAAAAAAAAAAAAAAAAAAAAGCUGCAGGCCCCAGAAAACCUGCAAACACAUUACUGCCCGUGAUGGAGCUUUGUUUUCUUUCCUGUUUGUAUUGCCACCUUGAUAAGAAACAGUCCUGCUGCUGAGAACCCGCCUUGCUGUGGGGUGUAUUUUAAUCAAUGCCAUUGGCCCAGCACAUUUGAAAGGAUACGUCGGUGCAGGGCACGCCAGGGGAAAUCCUGCUGUGACUGAAUAUGGCUCAUGAGUGGGAAAGGAGCAGCGAGGAAAGGUGUUGUGCGCUUAAACUCAGUAAUCAAGUGCUUACAGAGAUGGUUGCAUCUGGCAAAGCUUCAAAAGCAGCAGCUUGCAGUCGCCUCUCUUUAGAGUUCAGUCUCCGUACUGACAAACAGCUGCAACUUAUUUUUUUCUCGCUUUCGGAGGAAAAAGUGAUUUUAGCAGUGCAGCCCUGUCAAGACAUGGGAUACCUUUAAUAUAGAAGCUGUUAUUUAAGUUCUUAAAAUUCCUCAAAAGCAUCUUUGGUGGUCAUCUGCAUGUCUCGGUGCUUCUCUGAUGCAUACAGCCUUCUGAAUACAGCUUUUCAAUACGUAAGGUAGUUUAUUUGUGCAAAAUUACUGAUACUUUGGCUUCAGCCUCCACUGAAGUGAGUAUUAUUUCCUCACAUAACUCAGUUGGAUCAAAUUACUCUGUUUAUUCCAUGAGUAUCUUCUAUCCUUUUAAUAACUAUAGUAGCCAGCUGCCUAUUUCCAAGUUAAGAAAAUCAGAUUGCAAAUGAAUCGUAUGUGUUUAGAGGCACUGGGAAAAAGCAGGAAAGCGGGGGGUAUUGUGGUGAUGAUGUAACUACAUCAAGGCUUUAUCAAAAUUAAGUGGUGUUAAAACGCCUGUUGCAGAGCAAGACUUGGAUCAAGCAAAAUCAAGAUAGGAUGAAAGGAAACGGCCUCAAGUUGUGCCAGGGCAGGUUUAGGUUGGACA